GAGGGUGGCUGGCGGUCCGGCUCGCGGCGGUCUGCACCGGCUUCUCGGAGGAAGGAGCAGCGUCCGAGGUCACCAUCCUUUGGAGUCUAUCGUGAUCUUUUCGCCAUGCUUGGCGAUGCGUGGCCCUCGCGCGAGGAGGCGCGUGCUGGAGGCUGAGUCCCCCGCGGCGCCGGCAGUGGUUCGUCCCGCUCGGUUUUCCGGGCGCCGCACGGACGCCCCUCCCUCUCCUUCGUAGUCUUGCGCCCGCGGUCCUUGCGCUGGGUCGGCGAGUCCUUGGCUGGCGAGGCCAAAGCAGAAAAAUGAGGAGUGGGGCCUCUUGUGCGCUGGAGACCGUCUGGAAGGACAAGCACGAGUAUGAGGAGGCGGAGCGGUGCUUCCGUGAGCAUGAGGCCGCGCGAGCCACCACCUCUGCCCAGAAGCUCCUGGCCAAGGUGCCGGCUGUGAACGGGACCAGCCAGGAGGACACAGAGGACACCGACGAGGCAGAGGCCCCCAUUACCAGCAGCAAGAGUGACACUGGGAAGAGCCAUGAGUGCAAGAAGCCCCUUCAGAAAAAGAGGAAGCGUUCCCCCAAGAGCUGGCUUGGCCAGGCAGACCUAGCCCUCGUGGGCCUCUCAGCUGAUUGUGUGUGGCUGGAAAAGCCACUCUUUGACCAGGCAGAAAGUGCCUACCGUCAGAGGCUGGCAGAUGUGGCUGCCCAGGCAGCCCAGCAGACUGCCUUAGCCCCUUGGGGCCCCUGCACACAUGGGAGCCACGUAGCCUGCCACCAUGUGACGUGGGGGAUCUGGGUCAACAAGUCUUGCUUUGACCAGGCUGAGCGGGCUUUCGUGGAGUGGUCUCAGGCCUUGCUACUGGCUGCAGAGGGGAGCCGUAGACAGGGGGCUCCUGAUACAGGCCAGCAGGCAGUCACGCCCGACUUGGCCUUGGCCUGCCAGCCUUGCCUACCAGCCAAUGGCCAGCCCUCUCUAGGAAGCCUGCAGGCACUGGUGCAGGAAGUAUGGCUGGAGAAGCCCCAUUAUGAUGCAGCUGAAAGGGGCUUCUAUGAGGCCCUGUUUGAUGGCCACCCCCCAGGGAAAGUGCGCCUGCAGGAGCAAGCCAUCCAGGCAGAGGGUGCCCGGGGGGGCCGCAGAGACCAUCGGAGCAGGAAUGCCGUGGGAAACAAGAGAGCUGGGUCCCGGCAAGCCGACGGGGAGGCCCCUUCUGCUUUGCCCUACUGGUACUUCCUGCACAAGGACGCAGAGGCCCCUUGGCUCAGCAAACCCGCCUAUGACAGUGCUGAGUGCCGCCACCAUGCUGCUGAGGCCCUGCGCAUAGCCUGGCGCCUAGAAGCCACCUCCCUGGCUCACCAACCGUCGCCCCGCUCUGGCCUAUCCAUGUGCAGUCUGAGACCCAACAGAAAAAUGGCUACUACAAACUUUCUAGUGCAUGAAAAGAUCUGGUUUGACAAGUUCAAAUAUGAUGAUGCAGAGAGGAAAUUCUACGAGCAGAUGAAUGGGCCUGUGGCUGGUGGCUCCCGCCAGGACAAUGGUGCCAGCGUGAUCCUCCGUGACAUUGCGAGAGCCAGAGAGAACAUCCAGAAGUCCCUGGCCGGAAGCUCAGGCCCUGGGGCCUCCAGUGGGCCUGGUGGAGAUCACAGUGAGCUUAUUGUACGAAUCGCCAGCCUAGAGGUGGAGAACCAGAACCUCCGAGGCGUGGUGCAAGAUCUGCAGCAGGCCAUUUCCAGGUUGGAGGCCCGGCUGAGCACUCUAGAGAAGAGCUCACCUACUCACCGAGCGACAGCCCCACAAACCCAGCACGUAUCUCCCAUGCGCCAAGCGGAGCCCCCAACCAAGAAGGCAGCCACACCAGCAGAGGACGAUGAGGACAACGACAUCGACCUGUUUGGCAGUGAUGAGGAGGAAGAGGACAAAGAGGCUGCGCGGCUGCGGGAGGAGCGGCUGCGACAGUAUGCAGAGAAGAAGGCCAAGAAGCCUUUGCUAGUGGCCAAGUCCUCCAUCCUCCUGGAUGUCAAACCUUGGGAUGACGAGACAGACAUGGCCCAGCUGGAGGCUUGUGUGCGCUCCAUCCAGUUGGAUGGGCUGGUCUGGGGGGCCUCCAAGCUAGUGCCUGUGGGCUAUGGUAUCCGGAAGCUGCAGAUCCAGUGUGUGGUGGAAGAUGACAAAGUAGGCACUGACUUUCUGGAAGAGGAGAUCACCAAGUUUGAGGAGCAUGUGCAGAGUGUAGACAUUGCAGCUUUCAACAAGAUCUGAAGCCCAAGAGUGUGGUUCAUGUGUGUGAGGCCCUGCUGAAAUUAAAGACUGAGACUGCAGGA